AUGGCCCGAGCUCGCCCCUCUAUAUCCGGUGCCCUAGCCGCCUUCCAGACGGUGCCUUUUCAAACGGCGCCCUUCCAGACAAUGCCUCGCCUAAUGACGCCUUCCUCGCCUCGCCUCAGCUCCUCGCCUAUCCUCGAGGCCUGGCCGUGCCUUUGGUGCCUCACCACCAGAGCCCUCCUAGAUACCCUUGUCGCCCUUGAUGUCCAUGGAGCACCCAGACUUGCUAGCACCUGCUACCUCGUAGACGCCGGCCUGCGCGUCGACGUUGAUUGCUCCUUCGUUGCCUACCUCAUCUUUGAAGUCAAUGACUUCUUGCAUCUCCCCUUUCAUUUGACAGCAAUUUCUGGUCACUUAGCUCAUGACAAGGAAUGUCUUAUGGGAAAGAACUAUAUUAAGAAGGAAAAGGGGUCAUAA